AGCCUCCUUAUGUAAAUGUUCUGUAUCCUGUUUGCUGCACCUAUUCAGAUCCCAGAUUCUCAGUUCAGUUCAAAAUGGUGGUCAGCGCUGUAUGUUACACAUUAUGAACUGAAGAUAAAUCCCUUUGUUUAUUUUCAGGUGCUGAUAGAGAUUACAGACGUAUCGUCCGUCAUCACGUGGGACUUUGACGUGUGUAUAGGCGACGUGAUCUUCAACAUCUACCACUCCAGAAGAGCUCCUCAGCCAGCUAAAAGAGACGGUCUGAGCGCACACAACCUCGCCUGCCCCGCCGGCAACAACGUCCAGCUCAUUGAGCGAUCGUGGAUGCUGGGACAAGACUACAGCAUGGUGGAGACGGCCCUUACCUGCCGAGAGGGAGAGAGUGUUCAGGGCUCUCAUGUGACUCGCUGGCCUGGAUUCUACAUCCUGCAGUGGCGUCUUUACAGCACUCCAACAUGCACUUCCUCCAGUCGGCCACGUGUAGACGAUGUUCUGGCCUCUCUGCAGGUCUCCUCACACAAGUGCAAAGUCAUGUAUUUCACAGAGGUGCUGCAGUCCACUGACUUCAGGGGCUCCAUGAGCAGCCUGGAGUCGAGUCACAGCGGUUUCUCUCUGCUCAGCGCCGCCACAACCUCCUCCAACCAGUCACACACCGGCUCAACCGUUUCAAGAUGACAUCUUCAUCCAGCUGGAAAGACUUCAGCUCUGCAUGAUCAUUUCUGGACAUGAUGAAUGAUCAUGAACACAGUGUUGAUAGAGGCUCACAUUAAACCACAACUAACGCCUG